AUGGAGUCCAAGCUGCAGACGAUCAUCGCUGCCUUCCUGCUGCUCUUCUGCCUUUGCAGCAGAUCAGGUGAGGCGCUGUGCUCGCUGUCGGACCUGGUGGUGACGCAGGCCGCCGUGCCGGGGCAGGUCGCCGGCGAGCCGGAGUACCACGUCACGGUGGAGAACCGCUGCAUCUGCACGCAGACGGACGUCAGGGUGUCCUGCGCCGGCUUCCAGUACCCCAUGCCCGUCGACCCGAGCGUCAUCCGCCGCGACGGCGGCGACGGCGACCUCUGCAUCCUCAACGGCGGCGGCCCGGUGACCAACGACCGGGCCGUGUCGUUCUACUACGCCGGGAAGACCAGGGUCAGCUUCGCGCCCGUCUCCUCCACCGUCGACUGCUCGUGA